UAUUAUUAUUAUAAAUAAUUAGUCAACAAAGCAACAUGGUAUCAACAAGAAGCAAAUCAUCAACACCAUCAACAUCAUCAUCAAAUAAAAAAGUCCAGGAUAAUUCAAAUGAUCCUGAUAAAAUAACAAGACGAAAACCAAAAAGACAAAAAGUUAAAAUACAAGAUAUACAAUGGAGUGUUGGACAAAAAAAAAGAUUAUUAAGUGCAAUGAUGAAACAUGGUUGUUCAGAUUACAAAGCAGUUGCUAAAGAAUUUCCUGAAUUUACAAAAACAGCUGUUAAAAAUAUGAUUUUAUUGAUGAUUAAAAAAUCAAAAGCAACUGUUACAAAUGAAGAUAGUCAUACAUUAACUGGUUGGAAAAAUACAGAAUUAUAUUCAGAAAAAAAACCAAUGAUUACUAAAGCAUUAAAAUACAUAUCAUUGUUUGAAAAACAUCCAUCACCAGAUGAAUGUGCUGAUUGUGAUUUUCGUGCUCUUUAUGGUUUUUUAUCAAAUGCAACACUUGGUAGACAAAUUCUUCAUUCAUCAGCAAUGACACAUGAAACUCUUUGGCAUGUUGUUGAAAGUGUCAGCAAAGAAGUACAUUCUCUCAAUGAUAAAGAAAUACGUCAAUAUGUUAUUCAUGAUGUUGAAAAAAUAAGCAAGGAUAAAAAUUUACAAAAAACUAAUUAUUAAAUAUAAUUUUAAUAACAUCUUAAUUUGGUCAAUUAUAUUUCUAUCAACAUUUAAUUUUAUAUUCAUUGUAAAUAUCUGCUUUUUUUUUCUUUUGUUUUUGCAUGAUGUAAAAUUCAAUAAUUAAUAUUAUUUUUAGUUUAUUCAAUUGAUUAAUUGACAAAUGGAUUUAAUCUUUCAAUAUAUUCCAAACAUUUUCUUCGAGCAUUUUAAUUUGUCAUAAACUUCCAGUCACUGACUGAUGAGCUGACGAGUCAUAUCACUUUUGUAAUGAUUAUAAAAAUUAUUAAUUUAUUUUUAUAGACUAUAAAUUAUAGUUGAAAUUUAUACAAUUAAUAUUCGCUUAUUAAUAUAACAUACUUUGAGAGUUUAAAUUUAAAACAAUUGUGUUGAUUUUUCAUUUGAAAAUUAAUUCGUUCUGAUGUAUUGAUAAAUGUAUUUCGAUUUCCUGUUUGUUCUUUGUAUUUUAAUGUAUUUUUAUAAAUUACAAGUUUGUCUGUAAUUAAUUUUUUAAAUAAAUAAAAUAAUAAAUAAUUUAACAAAUAAAAAA